GCUGCUGGGACUCAGUGUGAUCAUGUGACGGGAGAGCGCAAGAGGAGCUGGUCGGUAACGGAGGACCGAAUGCCAAUCUCAUUGAGAAAGCGCCUUUAUUGCGCGUGAGAGACGGGAGGGACAGACGUUUCUAGUGCUGCACGCAUACACAGACGGACAAGACACAGGAAGCUCUGGGGAACUCGGGGAAAGGGUGCAUUUUCUUCGCCACAAGAGGAAGUUAAGGACACAUCUCUCGCUAAAAUAAAUCUUAAAAGGGGCAGUGGGCACGCGGGAGUCGCCUUUGCGAGAAACUUGUGGGAUUUAUCGGGAAUUGUUUCUGAAAGGAGACCUGGCUUCCCUCUCCACACGUUUAUAUUUCAUUUGGUUCAUUUAAUUUCAUUUCAUCAGCUGCCCUGAACAACUGUCAUCUCCCGAAUUGCCGUAGCAGCCUAUUGCAGCAGCGGAUUGUGCGUAAAGACAGAGACAGCAGCCCUUUCCGCGGACGAGUCAGGCACUUGCCUUCUUCACUUGCUUUAUUUAUUAUUUAUAUCCAAGCCUUUAUUUAUUUUGGGACUCUUUCCGUCUAUUUUGGGGCGUCGGUGGUGAUUUCUGUGGAAUAUGGUGGGGGAAAUGGAAACGAAAGAGAAGCCGAAGCCGACCCCAGAUUAUCUGAUGCAGCUCAUGAACGAUAAGAAACUGAUGAGCAGUCUGCCCAACUUCUGCGGGAUCUUCAACCACCUCGAACGGCUUCUCGACGAAGAGAUCAGCAGGGUACGAAAGGACAUGUACAACGACACGUUAAACGGCAGCACGGAGAAGAGAAGCUCCGAGCUCCCGGAAGCCGUCGGCCCCAUCGUUCAGCUCCAAGAGAAACUCUAUGUGCCUGUUAAAGAAUAUCCUGACUUUAAUUUUGUGGGCCGGAUCUUGGGUCCGCGGGGGCUCACGGCCAAACAGCUGGAGGCAGAGACAGGAUGUAAGAUCAUGGUGAGAGGGAAAGGCUCCAUGAGGGACAAAAAGAAGGAGGAACAAAACCGAGGCAAACCCAACUGGGAGCAUCUGAAUGAGGACCUCCAUGUGCUCAUCACGGUGGAGGAUGCCCAGAACCGGGCUGAGAUCAAGCUUAAGCGUGCAGUGGAGGAGGUUAACAAGCUACUCGUGCCUGCGGCCGAAGGCGAGGACAGUCUGAAGAAGAUGCAACUGAUGGAGCUGGCCAUUCUUAACGGCACCUACAGAGACGCCAACAUCAAAUCACCUGCCCUUGCAUUCUCUCUUGCAGCGAGCGCCCAGGCGCCACGGAUCAUCACCGGCCCAGCACCUGUCCUGCCGCCCACAGCCUUGCGCACGCCUACACCCGCCGGGCCCACCAUCAUGCCCCUCAUCCGCCAGAUCCAGACCGUCAUGCCCAACGGCUCGGCCCACCCAGCAACCGCCACCCUAGUGCAGCCCGGUCCAGAGUCAGGCCUGAUUUACGCAACGCCCUAUGAUUACCCCUACACACUGGCCCCCGCUACCUCCAUUCUGGAGUAUCCCAUUGACUCCAGCGGGGUUUUAGGUAAGCAUAGCUACACCUUUGCAACAGGUGCAGUGACAUCUAAAGUUCGAAGGCACGAAAUGCGCGUCCAUCCUUACCAAAGGGUAGUGACCGCAGACAGAGGUUAGUUUAGUUCAUGUGCUUCUACUCAUUACCAGUAGAAACUCACUGUUGGUCCUGAUCUGUUGUGAAGCAUGUGCAGUUUGAGCAUGUUAAAAGACAGCUUGAAUUCAGUACACUGUGCUGUUCAAUAUGGUGUGUUUGUUUUAAACCCACACACACACACACACACACACACACGUGGUCUUUCCUGCGCAAGGUGGAGUGGUUGACUUCAUUCCAUUAUUUUGAUGACCUUAUGAUUUCAGCAUGAUGUUGAUGAAAAAUAAUGGAGCUAUUCAUGUGAACAUGGUCUCUAUUCGCCCCAUUACGCUCCGCAUUUCUAAUUUUCUCUAGUUAUGCAAACACUAAACAGGCUUGACUCUUGGGAGGCAUUUGAAUCGAUCACGAAUGUGUCCUUUCCAAAUGAGCUAAAGUGACUGUUUAUAAUUACAUGUGGUGUGGAUAUACAAAUCGAAAUCCCAGAGAUAGCUAUAAUGUGUGUUAAAUCCACAUUUCGAUAUCAAUAGGUCAUAGGCUUUUCAAAUCAGAAAAAUCCCAUUAGGAGAUCUUUAAAGCUGAAGUGUAUCAUUUUGGUCAGUGUUGAAAUAUAUGCAGUGAUUAAUAUUAUGCCAUUUGUAGGUAGAUCCCCUUGAAUGAUGGAGCUAAUAACUGUGUUUGUUUGAGGACAGCUACAUUGACUUGAUCAAUGACAUAAUAGUAACGGGACAGUAUAGAAACAGACAUGAUCUUAUGCAGUUCUGUUUGAUUCAAAUAGAAAAAUUAGACACUUUGGCAUUAAAGAAUGGAAAUUGUGCCUUCACUCAAUCUGUGUCAUAUUUUUGGAUAGACCCUUAAUUGGUUAAGGUGUAUUUAAAUACUGAUGUUAUUUUCUGAUGCAGUAAUCAAAAUCUGAAUAGUAUGAAGUCCUGUAUGAAUAAUAUUGAUAUUUUCUGUACCCACAACUGACCAAAUUGAAGUGCAUUAUGUGAUGUGAAUUAGAUAUAUAAAAAAUAAAAAUAACUAAAAAGAUUUGCGAUUACUCCAGAUAACUGGAAAUAGACAGUAAUAUUCAAAUCAGUCGUACGAUCAUUUUUACGAACUUCUUAGGCUUACGAAGCUUUUGGGAAACGCAGCCCCGAUCAGAUAAGCAUCCAAAGCUUCAGUCUUUCAUAACAUUUCUUCAUUUCUCCAAAAUGAUAUCGUGGUUUAAAUUAGAUUUUGAAUUCGAUUUUAAUUUUGCCCCCACCGCAUGUUUAAAGUGAUCACAAUAAUCAUGAAUGAUUACUUUAAUGAGGACAUUAUGAUGGAUAAUGAUUUGACAAAGCAUCCAUGGUGCAAUAACCACCUCAUCAUGAAACAAUUACGAAAUCAAAAACCCUCGAAUAUUUCCCUGUUCACAUGCAUCUAAGUGCAUAUCAAUUCAGUUUGCGCAGGUUAGACAUUGUGUAUUUGUGUGUGUGUGUGUGUGUGUGUAUGGUUACUGUUACAGAUGUUUGCUUAAGCUGGCAAAAUGACCACAGAUAUCAAGCAGAUCAGAUACUGAGAUUGCUUCCUCUCUUUUAAUGUUUUGUUUUUCAUAUCCUUUUUAUGUUUUUAUAUAACGGAACUACUGCUUUGAAGAAAAUCUACUUUUGAGAAACCCAUUUGCACAGAGCUUCCAGAUUUCCAGUCUGUGCAUUUGUACUGGACCACACAAAUCACUUUUUUAUUUCAGCUGUUUACUUAUUAUUAUUAUUAUUAUUAUUAUUAUUUUAUUAUUAUUAUUAUCAUUUCCAUCUGUCAAGAUUUGCCUCAUUUGAUAAAGAGAUUCUAUGUGGCACAAGCCUUUUAUUUUGCACUGAAUACGUCAGAAACCUUCAUCUCCUCUGCUCUUCGUGAGUCGAAAAAGUGAAACCUACAUCAAACCUCAGACGUUGAAACUGAAAGGAGUCUGUCGAGUUAUGGUUGACCACUGCCGAGUGGACGAUAACGUCAGCGCCACUCUGUGGAUGUGAUAGUGUCAGAGUAUAAAUGCAUUUAAGAAAAAAAAAUGAUACAUUUUUUAUGCUUUACUGUAAGCUUCUUUUUAUUUUUGUUGUCGAAAAGAAAAUAGUAUUUACUUGUGGCUUUUAAAAUAUAUAUAAAAAUAUAUAUAUAUAUAAAAAAAUAUAUAAAGCAGGAAUGUAUAUGAAAUGUCAAAUUUGACUUGUAUUUUGGAAGAGAUAGCAAUGGUAUUAUAGAGGGCUAUUUGUAGGAAAGAAAAAUAUGCAUCAUAGCAGCUUUAUAGCACCAUGUUAGAAAAUUUCCUAUAUUUUUGGAUAUAUGUUAGGGCUUUAUAUAUGAAUGACAGGACUUUUUCAAUGUUUAUAUGCAAAAGCAUUUUAUAUUAUGUGUCCUGUGAUUUGUCAGUAGUCUGCAAUGCUGAGGGUAAUGGCUAAGAGUCCCACAGCUUGAAUUUCCAUGGCUAUUAUGCUAGAAAUUUCCUUGUAGUGUUGCUUUGUAUCAUUAAGGCAAAGAUUUUGAUGUUGUUGUAAAUAGAAGAAAAAGGAAUUUAAAAAGGCAAUAAAAAAAAUUAUUGAGUAAAAAAAAAACACCAGCAGUUGUUCUGGCCCUAAAUUAUUUCUGACUAAAUCUCUCAAUGCCUCAGUUCUUACUAAGAAAAACAUUGAUCUUCCAUGUCUAUCGUAACUCUCGUCUUGAUGCUGAAACGUCUUAAGAGCUCGAGUGUUUAAUAGCAGUCAGGUAACGCUGUGACCUUCACUGACUCUCCUCUCCUCUCCUCUCAUUUCAUUAGUAGCUGCCUCUCUCCUGGCCGGUCACACUAGGCUCGCUGCUCCUAUUCAUUCACAAGCAUAUGCUUGGAAGUUCUCCUUUUACUACGAAGUCGGUGAACCCAUCUGAAGUCAUAAAGCGAAAAGACGCAUUAGAGAGUCUAAACUUCAGAUUGACCUCUCGGCUCAGUGUAAUCAAACUCUACAGCUGCAUGAUUUGCAAUGUAUAGAGAGUGUAACCCGAUUGUUACCCGAACUGUUUUAUGAGGUGGCGAUUUUGUAUGAAUAUGGAAACUUAUGAUUAAAAAAAAAAAAAACUAAUUCCAUCACUAAACAUCUUCUCGCAUA